AAUCCUACGUUUACCAUGGAGAUAUGUUUAGCCAACAAGAAAAUAGAAAAGAGAAAAUAAUGAAAUUGUUUCUUUGAAAAUUGGUGAAGUAUUAGUGAAAAUUGUAAAUAAAAGUUUGAUAGCUACGAUUAUGGGAUGAUUGGUGGUUGAAUAACGAUGGUGGUUGAACUUACAAUCUUAUAAAGAGUUAUAGUGUUUUGAAUUGAAUUAAAUGUAUUAGGGGUAGUAAAUUAAUUCUGUGCUCUUAAAUUUAAUUGUUAUUAGGAAUGUUCAUUAUUUUAAUAAUAAGAAAGAUUAGAGAAAUCGGAAUUACCCUAUCGCGCGAGCUUUGAAUUCGUGUUCCGUAAAUUAAAACUCGGGUUAUUUACAUUAUCAACAAUUAAACACUACUUUUAAUUGCUAUAUUGUGUCCCAACUCUGUUAAAGUUACUUUUACUGCAAAUCAAUCGCUUCGCUCCAGUAUGUUGUCAGCCACGAAGCGGAUGGCGGCCUAGUAUUAAUAUUACAGUAGAGUAUCGUUAAAUAGCCGCGACGAGGUAUUUUUAUUAUAAACAUGUUUAUAAUGUUUCUAUUGUUGUGAUCAGUAGAAAACGUUUAAAACAUAUUACAAGUAUGCACAUGUUUAGUUUUUGUGUGGUAUUCAAGUGCUUUAAGUUCGAUUAAAGUGCUGAGCUAUGAGUUCUAAUGAGCCAGAUCAAAAUCCUAGAUGCUACAUGUGCACUUCCUUAACGCAUCCAGGCUGCGAUACCGAUCCGGAUGCGAACAAUAUUAAAACCGACGAAUGUACAUUAAAUCAUAUGACAGAUAUGCAACGAAUCAUUCAGCAACAUAACGAUUUGAGAAACAUAUCUCAUAUCUUCGACGUUGACACCGCACACAUUUAUUCGGCUACUUCACCAAUGGCUUGUGCCAAAAUGGUUCUCAAAGUGAAAGGGAAAGAGGUGAUAGUGAGGAAUUGUCAAACGGAGAAGACAGAGACGGUUGAUCCUUGCAAAGCUAUAGAAAGAAAAUUUCCGCACGAUAUCACUCUUGAAUAUUGCGAUAUGUGCAAGCACAAUGCUUGCAAUAGUUCCACUAUAAUUACCUCGAAAUUUCUCCUCGAUCUACUGUUGGUCCUGGGUACCAUGGUUUUCGCUACUUUUUAUACCGACGCGUAACCUUUACACAUGAAUGUAUAGAAUUGAUUACAAUCAAUUCAUGGCACAUUCCAAAGUUCAACACACACCUACAUACACACACUACACUGUUGUUCAUCGAUAUUUUAAGUUCGUUUCAUUAUCACGUAAUGUUACGGUGGUUAUUUCUGCAGUAUAAGAUAAGAAACGGGUGAAAUUUUCUAUUAUUAUUAAAACAUAUUAUGAAAAGAUCUUAGGUUUUUAGAAGACUUCCUUUUCAGCUAAAUUUAUACGAUGAAUUUUUUCAUAGUCUUUUGUCUUGCUUCAACCGCCGGAAUGGAAGAACGAGAAGAUUCCCAUUUGUUAAAUUUCAAAAAAAAAAGACACUAACGAUAAGUUGAUUGAUCAAGUUUUGUAUACCAAGUUCCGAACGACGAGGAUUCAUAGAAUUCUGUUUAAUUGCUGCCUGUUCAAUGUAUUUAAUAAAUUGUGUGUUCUCGAUCGAUGAAUAUUCGAGGAAGCUCCGCCGUAUAUGCAUAAAUAAAUGUUUAUUAUAUACGAACAUAUACGUAUUAUAUAAAGGAAAAGGCUUUUGAAUAUGAAAUUUGGCCAGGUGUUUAUACCGUGAAAUGUUAUCGAGCUUCUCAAAAUCGAAUAUAAUGUUAUCGCACGAAAAUUAUAUUGAGCAAUAAAAAUGUAUGUUAAACAA